AUGGCCAAUCUUCAAGCACUUGAGAUCCUGCGGGUAGAGUACGCAGCCAUGCAAAAUGACCUAGCACAUUUGGAUCGGCACUUCGACAAGGUAGAAGCGGGCUUGCAUCGCACGCAGAGUGACUUACACAACGCUUUGCAGAACAACGUCGAGUUGACACAUGAAACCGUUUCAGCAGAAGUCGAUCUCAGCCUUGCUAACAUGCGCAUCCAUGAGCUUAGGAACCAACACGAUAAUUUGGAGAAAGACAAUCUUAGAUUAGUGGCUGAUGCUGCCAUGGCCCAUGAGCAAAUCGACGAGCUGCAAAAAGCUAAACUACAGCUACGAAACGAGGUACUGGCAAGAACCGGAGAACACGAACAUCUCAUCCGCUCCGGUGACAAUCUUCGAGUGACGCUCCGUCUCGUCGCAGAAGAGAUGGACGACGCACUGGAGCAGGUCUCCAGGCUCGAGUUCAAGCAGGGUAAAAAGGAUAGGGAUUAUCGCUUUGAGAUGAACCGGCUGAGCAGGCGUGUUAAGGAGAGGGACGUGAUGAUCGCGGGUUUGAAGGCUCAGAUUGAUGAGUAUGAGUGGAAAAUGAAAGAGAUAGAGCGCGCGUCUUAUGAGAGUAGGAUCGAGAACGCUGAUUCUAGGAGGCCAUUGAACAAGGAGCGAAAGAAGCGGACAGAUAGCAAGCGUCCAAAAGCCAAGGCUCCCACGGUCCUGGCAGAGACCGAGAAGUUUUGGAGCGGGUAUUGGGCAUGA